CUUUAAAUUAAACAAAAAAAUUCACUUUUGACCCAAAUCCCCUCGCCUCUCUUCUUCUUUCAAACCUUCUUCUUCUGCUGCUGCUGACCUCCAUUAUAUUUCUUCAAACUUUAAACCCCAUUUUUAUUUUUUAAGAACCACCACACUCUCUUCUUUCCCAGAACAGAACACACCAUUCUUGGAAUUUGCUUCUUUUACUCCUCUGUAGCUCCCGAAGCUAAAAGGCAUGUCUUGUGGAGCUUAAAGAAAGAAUCUUGAAAUGAAGGGUCUAAGCGUUUUGUUUGUGGCGGUGUUGCUUGUGGCGGCGCGAGGCGGUUUCAGCCUUGUUGAGAGUGACAAGCAAGCGUUGCUGGACUUUGUGAACAAUCUUCGGCAUUUAAGAUCUCUGAACUGGAAUGAGGAGGUCUCAGUUUGCAUGAACUGGACUGGAGUGGGGUGCAGUGAAGAUGGGUCUAGAGUGGUGGCAUUGAGGCUGCCCGGGGUGGGAUUUCACGGCCCAAUUCCUGCCAAUACUAUCGGCCGUUUGUCAGCAUUGCAGAUCUUGAGCCUCAGAUCCAAUGGUAUUUCUGGGAACUUCCCUCUAGAUUUUGUUAACUUGAAGAACUUGUCUUAUCUUUACUUGCAGUUCAACAAUUUCUCUGGCCCUUUGCCUUUGGAUUUCUCGGUUUGGAAGAAUCUCACCAGUGUUAAUUUGUCUAACAAUAGGUUCAAUGGUAGCAUUCCCUUUUCAGUUUCUGGGUUGAGCAAGCUCACCUCUCUUAAUCUUGCUAAUAACUCAAUCUCUGGACAAAUCCCUGACUUGAAUUUACCUAGUUUGCAGUUUCUCAAUUUGUCUUACAAUAAUCUUACUGGUACUGUGCCCAACUCACUCCAACGGUUUCCCGGGAGUGUUUUUGUGGGAAACAAUGUGUCUUAUGUUGUUUCAAGUUCCCCUGUUUCUCUGCCCCAACACCCAAUUCCCAAAUCCAAGAAUCCUGGGAAAUUGAGUGAGAAGGUGUUGCUUGGGAUUGUGGUUGGUGUGAGUGUGGUUGGGGCGCUAGGAUUCGGUUUUCUGUUGCUCGUUUGUUGUCUUAGAAGACAGCACGAGGAGGCGUUCUUGGGGAAGUUGGAGAAGGGGGAUAUGUCGCCCGAGAAGGCGGUUUCGAGGAGCCAAGAUGCCAACAAUAGGUUGGUUUUCUUCGAGGGUAGUAAUUACGUGUUUGAUUUGGAGGACCUGUUGAGAGCCUCUGCUGAGGUGCUCGGGAAGGGAACGUUUGGGAUGACUUAUAAGGCGAUACUGGAGGACGCAAUCACGGUGGUGGUGAAGAGGUUGAAGGAAGUGGGCGUCGGGAAGAAGGAAUUCGAGCAGCAGAUGGAGCUCGUGGGGAACAUAAAACACGAAAACGUGGUUGAGCUUAGAGCAUAUUACUAUUCCAAAGACGAGAAGCUCAUCGUUUCUGACUACUUCACCCAGGGAAGCGUCGCUGAAAUGCUCCAUGGGAAAACGGGGGAAAAUAGGGCGCCUUUGGAUUGGGAAACACGGCUAAGAAUAGCUAUUGGUGCAGCGAGGGGUAUAGCCCGAGUCCAUGGUGAGACGGGUGGGAAGCUAGUUCACGGGAACAUAAAGUCCUCGAACAUCUUUCUGAACUCGAAGCAAUACGGGUGCAUAUCUGAUGUGGGUCUGUCAGCAAUAAUGAGCUCGUUGGCCCCACCAGUAGCUCGUGCAGCUGGGUACCGAGCCCCGGAAGUGGUGGACACCCGGAAAGCAGCACACCCUUCCGACGUCUACAGCUUUGGCGUGCUGUUACUCGAGCUCCUGACCGGGAAAUCCCCCGUCCACACCACGAGCGGGGACGAGAUCAUCCACCUGGUGCGGUGGGUGCACUCGGUGGUCCGGGAGGAGUGGACCGCCGAAGUGUUUGAUGUGAAGCUGCUGAAGAUCCCCGACAUCGAGGAGGAAAUGGUGGAGAUGUUGCAGAUUGCUCUGUCGUGUGUGGUCAGGAUGCCGGAUCAGAGACCGAAAAUGCCAGAAGUUGUUAAAAUGAUCGAAGGGGUUCGGAGGAAUGAUCAUUUGGAGAACCGGAAAUCGUCUGAAAAUGGGGCGUCGAGGCUGUCGCCAUCCUUGAUUGAAGCGGAAUGCUCUUAGAAUCUGCAGAAUUGAAUGAAGAAGUUGAAGAAGAACUGAUUCAUGUCCCACAUUGUUGCCAUCUAGCUUUUUUUAAUCUGAUUCCCAGCGGUGUUUAAAUGUAUAUUCACUAUCUCAGUGGAGUCCCAGGAUUGUUCUUUGUAAUAAUCUGAUGAUCACAGUACAGUAAUUGCAGAGAUGGACUUGUUAAGCUAUGUUAUGCAUCUUCACUUUUUUCUUUUUUUU